AACUUGAUUAGGAGGACUUCGAUUUAGAGAGUGAUCACACAGCCUUAUAAACAUAAUAAUCCAUUUAGUCUCUUCUUUCUAGUGAUCAGUACUAGAAUUUUUCACUUUUUACGUUUAAAACAAGUAUGGUCAUAGUAACGACAUACCUCUGUUAGCAAGUAUAUAUACCACAAUCCACAAAAAGGAUAUGUUUCUGUUUGCUACUAUUUUCAGCAUUUUCUGAAGACAAUGUUAUCGCCGCUAUAUCUCCCAAUCAAUUGAUACCACUAAGAGAUAAAAUCAUUGCUGAACUUAUAAGAUCAGCAACACACUCAGACAAAAAAUUUCGUAUCUUUCUCCAUUAUUUCUCCACUUAUAAAUACUUAAUUCUCUCCACUCCCUUCCUCAUCAAAACCAUUUAGCUUCAUCCACAUUCACAAAAGGCUCACAAGUCACAAGUUAAUUCUCUUCCUCUCUCCAACUAACAGAAACACACAUGCAUAUACAAAACCAUGACGAACAUACUCGCUUGUAUAGUUACCAUCAUAACCCUCUCGAACCUCGUAACCUCUUCUCAAGGAAGAAAGGUAUCACAGUCAUAUGAAACAUUCGAGUACACAGCAAUCACUUGCAGAUCCCACAGUGCCUCCAUAACAGAGUUCGGUGGCGUCGGAGACGGCAAGACCCUAAACACGAAGGCGUUCCAGAGCGCCGUCGAUCAUCUCAGCCAAUACUCAUCAGACGGCGGAGCUCAGCUCUUUGUCCCUGCCGGAAAAUGGCUCACCGGAAGUUUCAACCUCACAAGCCACUUCACUCUGUUUCUUCACAAAGAUACCCUUCUCGCCGCUCAAGACUUGAACGAAUACCCAAUUCUAAAAGCUUUGCCUUCGUACGGACGAGGACGUGAUGCCGCCGGGGGAAGAUUCGCUAGUCUCAUCUUCGGAACUAAUCUCUCCGACGUAAUUAUCACCGGGAACAAUGGUACAAUCGACGGUCAAGGAUCGUUUUGGUGGCAAAAAUUCCACGGUGGCAAAUUAAAAUACACUCGACCGUACCUGAUCGAGAUAAUGUUCUCAAAUACAAUUCAGAUCUCUAAUCUAACGUUCCUUGAUUCUCCAUCUUGGAACAUCCACCCGGUUUACAGCAGCAAUAUCAUCGUCAAAGGCGUCACGAUCAUCGCUCCGGUGAAAUCUCCGAACACCGACGGUAUCAAUCCAGAUUCAUGCACGAACACGAGGAUCGAAGACUGUUACAUAAUCUCCGGCGACGACUGCAUCGCCGUGAAAAGCGGGUGGGACGAGUACGGUAUCUCGUUCGGGAUGCCGACGAAGCACCUCCUGAUCCGUAGAUUAACAUGUAUCUCACCUUACAGCGCGGCGAUCGCGCUCGGAAGCGAGAUGUCCGGCGGAAUCGAAGACGUGAGAGCUGAAGACAUCACGGCGUACCAAACAGAGUCCGGCGUACGGAUCAAAACCGCCGUGGGGAGAGGAGCUUUCGUGAAGAACAUAUACGUGAAAGGGAUGAGUCUACACACGAUGAAGUGGGUGUUUUGGAUGACCGGGAACUACAAAGCUCACGCUGAUUCUCAUUACGACCCUCAUGCUCUACCGGAGAUAACCGGAAUCAAUUACAGAGAUAUUGUGGCUGAGAAUGUUUCCAUGGCGGGGAGGUUGGAAGGAAUCUCUGGAGAUCCUUUUACUGGGAUUUGUAUAUCGAAUGCUACGAUCUCUAUGGCGGUUAAGCAUAAGAAAGUGAUUUGGAUGUGUAGUGAUGUUGAAGGUGUUACUAGUGGUGUUGAUCCUAAGCCUUGUGAUUUGCUUGAUGGACAAGAAUCAGAGAAGAAGAAGAGGAUGACGAGUGACGGUGGAUGUGAUUUCCCGACUGAUGUUUUGGAGAUUGAUAACGUUGAGCUUAAGACUUGUAGUUAUCAGAUGAGUUAGUUUGUAAUCUUUUCUUUUUAACCUAAUUUCAGAUUUUUACGAGAUUUCUCUGCAGAGAUUUGUGUUAUAAAAUAUGGUUUUGGUACUACUUUAUAUAAUGAAAUCAAAUCUAUGAGAAGAAGUAUAUAUGUAUGUUGUAUACUUUUUUAUCCAUAGAUGAAACAGAGAAGUCUCAAUGGUUACUUGUU